CUUUUUUUGUGGGAUUCCCCGACGACAACGUGCUCGGUUUUACCUCAAAAUAUUUUGACUUUUCACUCGAUUCUGCUCGCCUCCUCAGCUAUAUCGAAGUGACUCAUCUCCCCUGGACAGCAGUUGCAGGACACAAAGCACUGCCUUUGCAUCUGCAAAGGAGGGUGAAAAAAAAAGAUGGAAGAGCAAGAGUUUGACAGUCUGCCUCUGAGCCAGAGCCUGCCCCUGAGCCAGGCCUCCUUCAGAGAGCUUUGGGAGACUGUAGUGACUCCCUCUAUCUCCACCAUUCCAACGGCAAAUGGCACAUGGAGGACAGAUGGACCUAUGGAUAUGCUGCUCAUGAAUGACCAAGUGCUUGCUGAAGGGUUUGAUGAAAAUCUGUUUGAGCUGCCCCCAGAGAUGUCUGCUAAAGAUGGUGUUACUCCCCCGUCCUCCACCGUCCCGGUUACAACAGACUAUCCAGGGGAAUAUGGCUUCCAACUUCGAUUUCAGAAGUCCGGCACGGCCAAGUCUGUUACUUCCACUUACUCCGAGCAGCUCAACAAGCUGUAUUGCCAGCUAGCCAAGACCAGCCCCAUUGAAGUCCUGGUGAGGAAGGACGUUCCUGCGGGUGCUAUUGUGAGAGCCACAGCAGUUUAUAAAAAGUCUGAACAUGUUGCAGACGUGGUCCGAAGAUGUCCACAUCACCAGAAUGAGGACGCUGCCGAGCACCGCAGCCAUCUGAUCAGGGUGGAGGGCAGCCAGAGGGCUCAGUAUUUUGAGGAUCCGCACACAAAGAGGCAGAGUGUGACUGUCCCCUACGAGCCCCCGCAGCUGGGCUCAGAGAUAACCACCAUCCUGCUGAGCUUCAUGUGCAACAGUUCCUGCAUGGGGGGGAUGAAUAGAAGGCCCAUCCUCACAAUCCUGACCCUGGAGACCCCAGAUGGACUUGUCUUGGGCCGAAGGUGCUUUGAGGUGCGUGUCUGUGCGUGUCCAGGCAGGGAUCGCAAAACUGAAGAGGAAAACAGCACCAGGACGCAGAACGGCACCAAACAAACCAAAAAACGAAAGAGUGCCCCGGCUGCGGCUCCAGCUCCUGACACCACUUCUGUGAAGAAGUCCAAGCCGACCUCCAGUGCAGAGGAGGACGAUAAGGACAUGUUUGUUCUGCAUGUUCGUGGUCGUGAACGUUUUGAAAUGUUGAAGAAAAUCAAUGAUGGUCUGGAGUUGCUUGACAAAGAAAGCAAAACAAAGACCAAGGUGACGGUGAAACAUGAGCAUGCUGUGCCUUCCAGCGGAAAGCGACUCCCGCACAGAGGGGAGAGGAGCGACAGCGACUAAGAAGAGAACAAACGUCCCGUCUUUCUCCCUCCAAGCCAUCGGGUUAAUGUCAGGCUUUUUCUCAUCAUUGGAACCCCCAAAUCAUCUCCUGCCUCAGUACGCCACAUCACUUGAUUCAGUAACUGUACUGCCUGACCAUUUACUGUACUCAACGUACUGUUCGGUGUCUUGCUGUUUUUUUUCCAGUACUCAAAUGAAUAAAGGUUGGAUAGAGGAGAGCAGUUCACACUGUAAGCAGGUCUGCCUCUUCCUCAAUGCCCUCGUUGCAUUUAAAGGUCCUGCAAAAUGGCUUUGAGAUCUUUAACACCCGCACGCAUGAAACAGGAUAUUGGGGUGGGACUUACAAUUAGGAGGAACUGUAUUUAAUCAGUGUUAAUCUUGGCAGGGAUUUUCAUUUGAGUUUUAAUGAUUCCAUUUUAAAAAUGUCUGUCAUUUAUGAUGCAUUAUUCUUAGUCUGAAUUAGCUGAUGAAAACUGAAGAGUGUUUGUCAUCAGCAUUUGUUUUUGUAUGUUUUGUCAGAACAGUAAUUAUGAUUUUAUUGGAGCUAAAAAGAACUCAAGUAGUAGCUUGCUCAGAUUUUACACAGUUAAGACACAUAUGUCAUUGCAAAGGAUUGUAAUAAUAUAACGAGACACUGCCAUGAGCUUGAAGUCACACUUCUAAGACUUGAAUGGAUGUUUACCUCCAUUAAUGUAGUUGUAUUACUGUACCACAUCCCAUGCAACUUCAGACACUUACACCCUGUCUGGCUCUCCUUCUGGGUGUUGUGUCAGGUGGUCCGAUCGGCCCAAAUGUUUCAGUCCGGCUCUGAUUAGAUGUCCUUUAAGGGUGGGCAUAAAACUGCAAGUUAGAUACACAGGAACAAACGUAAGGCCAGAUUACAGAGCGCACAGGCUUUUUUUUUUUUUUUUUUUUUUUUUUUUUU